AUGGGCAAGCGCAAGAAGUCAAGCCGGACCCCCCAAGGGCCCCGAAAGCGAGAUCCCCUACCAACUGCCUUCUCUUGUCUUUUCUGCAACCAUGAGAAUUCUGUUAUCGUCAAGCUAGACAAAAAGUUAGGCUUAGGUGACCUCUCAUGUAAAGUUUGCGGCCAAAAGUUCCAAACUGGCAUUAAUUACCUCUCCGCUCCGGUUGACGUUUAUUCCGACUGGGUGGAUGCAUGCGACGCAGUUGCCAAAGAUACCGCCAACCAGUACGAAGCACCCAGCGCCGCACCGGGCCACCGCGGGACUAGCAAAGAAGAUAUUGCAGAAGAACUAGGACAUGGUGAUGCUUACGCUGAUGAUGAUUACUGA